UGUGUCUCUGCGACAGUGAGCGAAACGCUUUACGGCAGGCAUCUUGGAGUGCGGCGCUAACAGCCAGCUAGCCGUUAACCGCAUAGUGCUACCUUAAUUUCUUUUGGAAACGUGACGAAAACUGUUUUUCGACUUUAAAUUUUCUGAGCGGACGCCAUGGAUGUUGGGGAGCUCCUGAGCUACCAGCCUGACAGAGGAGCAAAGCGUCCCAGAGAGGAGGAUGGUGGAGGAGGAGGAGGAGGUGGAGGAGGAGGAGGAGGGGGAGGAGGGGGAGGGGGAGGGGAGGAGGACUCCAGAGGAGGGAAACAGCAGAAGGGUCUGAGUGGCAGGGAGCCGGCCAGACUCCGGGAGGUGGCAGGAGGAGGGGGAGGAGAGAUGAUGGAUAUAGAGGAGCCGAAAGGGGACAAGAAGAAGGUUCUGGAGAAACUUUUGGACCAGGAUGAAGAGGAACCAGAGGCGGAGCCGGUGGAUGAGAGCUCAGUGAAGAAAAUGAUCCUGACCUUUGAGAAAAGGUCGUACAAAAACCAGGAGUUGAGGAUUAAGUUUCCGGACAACCCAGAGAAGUUCAUGGAGACAGAGCUGGAUCUGAACGACAUUAUCCAGGAAAUGCACGUGAUCGCCACCAUGCCAGACCUCUACCACCUCCUGGUGGAGCUCAAUGCCGUCCACUCCCUGCUCGGACUCCUCAGUCACGAAAACUCGGAUAUCGCCAUAGCUGUCGUGGACCUGCUGCAGGAGCUGACAGAUAUCGACACACUCCACGAGAGCGAGGAGGGCGCCGAGGUACUCAUAGACGCACUGUUGGAGGGUCAGGUGGUGGCCUUGCUGGUCCAGAAUAUGGAGCGGCUGGACGAACAGGUGAAAGAGGAGGCUGAUGGUGUCUACAACACACUGGCCAUCAUCGAGAACAUGGCAGAGUUCAGGCCGGGUCUGUGCACAGAGGCAGCACAACAGGGACUCAUGCAGUGGCUGCUCAAAAGAAUCAAGGCAAAGAUGCCGUUUGAUGCUAACAAGCUGUACUGCAGUGAAAUCCUGGCCAUCUUGCUGCAAAACAAUGACAACACCAGAGAACUUUUGGGAGAGAUGGAUGGCAUUGAUGUGUUACUGCAGCAACUCUCCGUGUUUAAACGUCACAACCCAGCCACAGCUGAGGAGCAGGAGAUGAUGGAGAACCUGUUUGACAGUCUGUGUUCCUGCCUCAUGUUGCCAGCCAAUCGGGACCGCUUCCUCAGGGGGGAGGGCCUUCAGCUCAUGAAUCUCAUGCUCAGAGAAAAGAAAAUGUCUCGCACCAGUGCUCUGAAGGUCUUGGACCAUGGGAUGAUCGGACCAGAGGGGACAGAUAACUGCCAUAAAUUCGUAGACAUCUUGGGCCUAAGAACCAUCUUCCCACUUUUCAUGAAGACACCCAAGAAGAUGAAGAAAGUUGGUGUGUCAGAGAAGGAGCAUGAAGAGCACGUCUGCUCCAUCAUUGCCUCCAUGCUGAGAAACCUCAAGUCUCAACAGAGGACCAGACUCCUCAAUAAGUUCACUGAGAACGACUGUGAGAAGGUCGAUCGACUGAUGGAGUUGCAUUUUAAGUACCUGGAUGCCGUCCAGCAGGCUGACAAGAGGAUUGAAGGAGAGAAACAUGACAUGGUCCGUCGUGGGGAGAUCCUAGAUGACAGCAUGGAGGAUGAAUUCUAUCUUCGUCGCCUAGAUGCCGGUCUGUUUGUCCUGCAGUUGAUCUGCUACAUUAUGGUGGAGAUCAGCAACUCAGGGAUAUCACAGCUGCAGCAGAGAGUCCAUCAAAUUCUCAACCUGAGAGGCGGCUCCGUCAAAGUGGUGCGCCACAUCAUGAGAGAGUACGCUGAGAGCAUCGGAGAUGGCAAGACUGAGGAGUUCAAAGAGGCUGAGCAGAAGAGAAUCAUGGACCUUCUAGAUAACUUCUAAUCACACACACACACACACACACACACACACACAUGCACACACACAAUUACUUAUUGAGGGAGAAUUGACCAACAAUUACAAUCUGCCAGCACUCCCUGACCCCCCUAGUUAUCCUCUAUCUCCUGCAUUGCAGAGAGAACAAAUUUAAGAUGGAUCUAAGCAACAUUGUUGUCAUGACCUUGAUCCACUAAAAGAUCCAGAUGGCAGUGCUUGUCUUUGUUUUAGCUAAAAAAUGUCUGGAGCAGUAGAAGUGGAGUUUGAAGGACAGGAGGUUGGAGCUUGAUUUAGAAUGUCAGGGUUACCACUUUCUCAGCAAUGACCACAGAUCCAACGAAGAUGAGAUCGACCCACUUUACACAUGGUAUUAACAGAUGUCUGCAGCAUCCAUUGUAGCUAGAUAUGAUUCAGCCAGACUACAUUUACACUCAGUAUUGACAUGUGUCUGCAGUGUCUGCUUUGAGAUCCAAUUCCCACAUAUUUCCGCUGACGUAUUUGUUGGAUGAGAACUGGAGACGAAUCUGAAUUCCCACUUCUGUUCAGUGUGGUCACUAUACAUCCUUUACCAGCUCCCGAGGUGGUUUGGGCAUUCGGAUCAGUUUCAUCCUCAAGCUGUCUGUAUGUGGUCAAGUGCUUUCCAGUUACUAUCUGAUGACACUGGACGCAUGUUAAUAGCUGGUGUAAAGGGGGUCUCGGUGUACGCUGAUAAAGACAGCUGUGGACAGACGUGAAAACUUAACAUGGAUAUCUCUCCCUUGACUUUCCUACUUUGUGUGGUUUGUUUGUUUGGGAUUUACAUGUAAAAUAUUUUCUAAUAAAACAUUUGGUAAUAAAAUCCUGAUUGGAUGUUUGGUUU